AUGUGCAACUACACUCAGCGCGAAUUAAAUUGCGGUCACAUCCGGUGGAUUGUGUCGCGGUGGUGUCCAGUGUACACGAAGACUCAACGACGAUGCCCGCCUUGCGUUACGUUUUUCGAAUUCCGCGGCGAUGAAGUCUGUGGUGAAUGCAAACCAUCCGCCCCAAUUGCAUGGGAGAGCAUGAUUAGACGGUAA